GAGAAAGUCGUUGAAGAGAAUGACCCUCCAGGGAACAAAGAAGAGACCCUGGUGUUCUUUGAUCUGGAAACCACAGGACUAGGUAACAGAUGGGUGAUCAUUGAGUUCUCAGGCGAUAUCCAGAAGUUGGAGACAUUGUAGAAUACAGUUUGUCAAAGGGGAAAGGAAACAAGGUGAGUGCUGAAAAAAUUGCCAAGAUUACAGCAGUAAAUGGUCCCAGUGAUGAAGUCUAUCCAACAGUCUGCACUGGGAAAGUCCAGUGCAUUAGGGACUUGCUGAGAUUACGGAGGAAGGGACUAUGAAAGGUGAAGUAUAUCCUUUUAGCAUAACCAGUUUGGCAAACAGAACAGAUUGUCUUCAGAGGGAGAAACUAUCAAGUUCCAGCUAUGUACUGGCUCAAACAGGACAAAAGUUGGCCUACAAUGCCAGACCCUUGCGAAAAGGCACCAUGGACUGUGUAAAAGACCAGUUUGGAUUCAUUGACUAUGAAGUUGGUGAUGGUAAAAAGCUGUUCUUCCGUGUGACUGAGGUGCUGGAUGGUGUGGAGUUGCAGCCUGGAGAUGAAGUUGAAUUUUCUGUCAUCUUAAAUCAGUGUACAGGAAAGUGUAGUGCCUGCAAUGUAUUCCGUGUCAGUGAGGGUCCCUGGCCUGUGGCAGCUCCACGUCCUGAUCGUUCAGUACAUCAUCUAAAGAGAAUCACCUUGGAUGACGCAAGUGCUCCAAAACUAGUUGUACUUCACCAGCCAAAGGGACCUGAUAACAGCAAGGGAUUUACUGUGAAAAGAAAGAUUCGUCAAGCUGGAGUGACAGAUUGAUUUCUUUUCUUUCCCCCAGCAAGCACGUUACCCAAUGCAGUAUCUUUGGGGAAGGGAGGUUACACAAGGUUAUCUGCCUCCACCACCCUCUGUGUUCCCUCGUCCAAAAUGGAAAUGGAACACAAUUUAUCUACUUUCAAGCAAAACUACAGUUCUACCACUUGUCUGUGCUUUUAUCAAAAAACCCCCCAAAAAAUGGUAAUGCACAGGCUCGGGGCAAUGAAUGAGCAGGAAGCCUUAGUUUCAUAACCUUAUAGAGCUUGAUUUAAAAUCAAAAGGCAUCUUACAUCAAUGCUAAUUUGAAAUUUAACUUUUGUUAGUAAUGAGAGAAAAAUCUGUGAAGAAAGCUAUACAACUGAAACUCGAGGGCCAUUAAUGCUGGCUUUCAUUAACCCUUUCAGUACAACUUUGUUGAUGCUGUAGAGCACUGCAGGCUUGGAACACAUUUUCCCAAUCCCAGAAACUAACAGAUCUGUGCCUAAAGGGAAAAAAAAACACAAAUAUCACUUAUUUCCCUACAAAAGGCACCCUGUGUAAUGCCGAAUGGAAAAGGAAGUGGCUGAAUUUUAAAAAAGUAUAUUGAUGCAUCAAUGUGGAAAUGUUAAUCGUUGGUACUGUAUAUAUAUGCCUUUUGCAUAGAAACAGGACGUUGAUGUGGGUCAGAGGCAGGGUCCUGUUUCUGUUUUGCCUCUGUUGACAGUUUGCGGUUGUCUGAACUGGAGGUUUUGUUCUUCCAAGAAGGGAAAACAACAACUGCCUUUCUCCUGUGUCUCUGUUAAUGCUCAUGAAAAAAACUAGAAUAGUAAAAAAAUAAAAGGUGUAUAGAUGUACAGAUCUAUACAUAUCUGUUACAUAAAUCCACAGCACAUU